AUGAAUUCUCGGGUUCCUGCUUCACCUACGCCUCCGCAUCUGGAUUCGGAGAGUGUAGCAUCGGGACAGACAUCGACUUCUCAUAUGCCGCUUCAUCACUACCCAGAGGACCAGCGUCAACAUCAACAUCAGCCUUAUACAGAUCGCUUAGAGGAUGAUGAUCCACCUCCUAGCUACACCGUAGUCGACAAUGAAGGGCCUCACGCCAACCCUUUCGACCUACUACCCGUGAGCACUUCAUCCCUUGGAAUCCAUCCCUUCAAGGGCACGUCAAACGACAAGACAGUGUACUAUCUCGACAAGCGUCUUGAUACGGAUCCUGAGUUUCUGGAGCAGCAUGUCAAUGAUCUCGCCAAGGAGCCGCCUAGGCCGUAUGUUCGCGUUCAGGGCGUUGACCGCAAGUCUGGCGAGAGCAAGAAUGGCAUUGACUUUGAUAUCCACAUUGAACUCACCCCGCUUCUGUAUCAGGAGAUGGCUACGCGUCGAUCAUGGAGACGGAUUCGCGCUGUGAAUAACUUUGAUAAAGUACGCCGCGGAACGGUUGGGAUGACGCGGGCACCAGGGUUUGGCGGCAGUGGACCACCUGAGGAGGGCACGCCGGGAGUAUCGCAGUGGGUGUAUCGGUACUGCAAUAACAAAGCCGGUCUUAAAGCAUUUGUGCUGGAGCGACGCAUUACGGGCUGGGACUUUGCUCUCGUGGGGUCAAGGUUGGAGACUCUUGUGCGAGAAACGGGGUACCGGGGAGAGAUUAACAUAACAUUCCCUACGACGAAUGCCCGCGUGGAGAUAUACAACAACUGUCGAACAAACCGAUGGCGUCUUACCCGAUGGAUAGUCCUCCUUUUCUACUUCACCCUCCUCUGGCUAUUUACCUGGCCAUGGAUAUCCCUCCGAACACGAUGGUACGAAACAGUUUACGUGGAAUGGUCCAUGAGUCGUCCCGACAGACAAGGCACACUGCGCUAUGCAUGUAUGAGUGAAGACCAGUGGUGUCGACUCUGGCGCCGACCAAUCCAGCAAGCCAUCAAAGCGAGACGACGAGGACGAUUAAGCCAGGAUGAUAUCAACGAUGCGUAUGUUGCGCCUGGGGCUGUGGAUUCUGCAAGGGACCUCACAGGAACAGCACCAGAAUCACCAGACCCUACCCUUGGUAUCGCAGGCAUAACACAUCCACUCUCCCUCAAAACACCAUACUACUCUACAACAGUUCCCAUCUGGCUCGACCUCAUCGGCUCACCAUCCGACUGGUCCGAAUCCUUCCUGUCAGAAGAAGCAGCGGAAGUCCUCGCCGUUCUGGGCGGUGUCGUCGUCGUAUUCACUGCAGGACCUGUUUCAGCGUCAAAGGACCACCCCGCAAAGGAUCUGGUCGAGCAUGUCGGGAAGGUGCUGAAGAAGGGACUGGGAGGAUGGGAGUGGGACGGUGUAGGCUUGGCUAUUGGCGUGGGUGGUGAUGGGCAUGAAGAGGAGUGGGACGAGAUCUGUGCCGAGGCGGGAUUGGAAUUUGUAUCCGUCGGAGGAAAAGGUGAUACUGGCCGUAACGAGUUUGGAGAAAAGACAGGAGUUGCGCGUGUAAAGGAAGCACUCGAAGCAAACGACUGGUCACAACUUGAGGCACCACUAUCAGAUUCUGAAUUUGGUGAUUUCGAGACUAGUUCCGCCAAAGGACAAGACGACAAAGACCUUGACCCCAAAAAGAUGGGUUUCGGGUUUGAUCAAAAGGACUUUGAAGGUCUACGAAAGGCUAUAUGGGAGGCAAGCCAGGAUGUUGAAGAACCUGAAGAGUCUAAGAAAGCAGAGACAAGUAAGGAGGGCACAUCUGAAGCAGCUGCUGCCGGAGGCCUAGAAGACCUCGACGAGGACGAGAUCGCCAAGAUUGAGAAGAUGAUGAGAAAACUUCAAGCCGUGAGGGAAGCCGGUGAAGGUAUGGGCGAGGAACAGAGAAAAAGAAUGGCAGCCAGAGCUGUCGAGGAAGUGAUGAGAGACCUAUAG